AUGGUAUGUGAAUAUUUAGAUGUGUUCCCAGAAGAGUUGCCAGGUUUGCCUCCGAUUAGAGAAGUAGAGUUUGGUAUUGAAGUAAUGCCAGCUGAGCAUGCUGAACAUUUAAGAAUUGUGCUAGAGACUUUGCGAGAAAAGAAAUUGUUUGCUAAAUUUAGCAAGAGUGAAUUUUGGCUCAGUGAAGUUGGAUUUUUGGGACAUAUUGUCUCGGGAGAUGGCAUCCGAGUGGAUCCGAAUAAGAUAUCGGUAAUAGUUGAAUGGAAGCCUCCAAGAAAUGUAUCUGAAGUUAAGAGUUUUCUAAGCUUAGCCGGAUAUUAUCAUCGAUUCGUAGAAGAUUAUCAUCCAGGAAAAGCUAAUAUAGUUGCUAAUGCUUUGAGCAGAAAGUCUCUCUUUGCUUUGAGAGCUUUGAAUAUGAGAUUAACAUUGUCUGAGGAUGGAUCAUUGUUUGCAGAGUUAAAAGCUAGACCAUUGUUUCUUCAAGAAAUUUGUGAGGCUCAAAAAGUGGAUAAUGAAUUGCAAAGAAGAAAGACUCAGUGUGCAGUGGAUGAUAAUUCUGAUUUUCGGAUUGAUUCAGAUGGAUGUUUAAUGUUUUGUGAUAGAAUAUGUGUGCCGAAAAAUGUUGAUUUAAUUCAGAAAAUUUUGCAAGAAGCGUAUGAUAGUCGUUCGGCAGUUCACCUUGGUAGUGUAAAAAUGUACAAUGAUUUAAAGAAAUUAUACUGGUGA